AUGUCUAAAAAUUCUACAGUCGGUUCAGAUGGUUUAGUAUGUACCCACUCUAAUCAAGCCAUAACAGAACCUGACAUUCCUUCAGUGUUCGCGCCUUGGAUACCAAUCACGCCUCGACAGUCACAACUGACUGAUAGAGCUGUAUUAGUCUCGCUAGCACUCAAAGCAAGAAGCUAUGCCAUGGCAUCAUCACUUUCUGCUGGAACUGCUCUAAAAGCAUAUAUUGAUUUGCCACGAGAUGGAUUCGCACUUUUUGCUCACGAGCCUGUAUUUGACGAAAAUACUCUGACGCAUAUCAACCAAUUGGCCGAGUACAAAACACCCAAAACUCAUUAUACUGGAGAUCAUCCAAACAAUGAGCAGGAUGCUACUGAAAUCAAGCCUGUUAUUGAGCUGCCGUCUCAGUCCACCAUCAAACAACAUAAUGGUCAUUUCAACCCUCAGAUCGAUCCACCCAUAAAUAUACUGCAGAAAAAUUUCAAAAAAAGAAUUAAUUUGGUAAAAGCCAAAAUCGAUUCUAAUUUAAAACAUGGAGUUCGAGCUCCUGGAUCGAUGAUCACUCGAGCCAUACAUGAAGAUGCACGAAUGCAACGAGCGGAACAGGUGCUCGAAUUACUGGAAAGAAAAAGAAAAUUGUAUCGUGAACAAAAAUGGAACGAGGUUUCUGCUCAUGCUCUCGAGUCUCGAAAACGACUCGAUUUGCUACAUCAUCGCACCGAUUUAACAGUCAAUGCGCAUACUCCAAUUGCAAAGACUCGUCAGCAUAAUACAUCCAACUCGGUGGGAUACAAUCCAAUACCACAAGAAUGGAAAUUAGCUCGUUGGUAUCAAAAAGUAUCCAAAGAAAAACAUGGUCAAAUCUUUGAUUGUAUAGAUGAAGAUUUUGUGUCUGGUAAAAUGCAUUCUAAAGCAUCUGCAUUUGUCAAAGAUAACAAAUCUGUUUGGAAAGAAAGUCAUACAACAUCACCACUAAAACAGCACUCAUCUAUACAUAAUGAUGAGCCUCAGCCCAUAAAAUCCAAAAAUCAAUUCGCUCGUGGACGGUUGAUGUCCAACUUUAACACAGCAAAAUCGAUCCCUCCACUCAAUGCGCUACGCAUGCAAAUAGCUACAUCUGACGCAGCAAAUAAAUUUUGGAGUGAACGAGUUCAAGACACCCAUAGAGACAAAUCUUCAGCUCAGAAUCGUACCGAUUCUUUACUUCAAAUGGCAAGUCUAGUGGUGCGUUACAAGAAUCAAUCGGCUCGACUUCUUGAUAAAGUGGCUCAAUCGGAAUUGAUGGAGCAAGCCAGUUUUGAUAAACCACAAAAAAAUGAGGAUAUUCCAUUAUCUGCAAAAAACAUUUGUCCACUUGUGGAUGUUGCUGUGCAAAGUCAAGACAGAAUGCCCAGUAUGGCUUUAAACAAUACGACUGAAACUUUAAACAAAGCAAAAUGCGAUCAAAACUUUGAGUCACAUCUCAACUCGUCCAAUUCGGAUACCAGUGAGAUGAAUUCGAGUUUUGCAUCGAGUUUUUCUAGUAUUCAUGGUGCUUCACAAAUACCUGUAGAAAGUAAGAAUGCAUGGAGAUUGAAGCCUGAUACGGAAGAAACACGCGAGCUAGAGCAUAUUAGUCAGUCCAUCAUUCGACAGUCGCGACGCUCGUCCAUCAUUCAAACUCCUGCCAUGAAAGACAAGGUUAUACCUCUCAGCACUUGGAAAACAGACUUUGAAAGCAUUCACGAGUCUGAUUUGGAUGAGCUGGAUACUAAAAGUACAGAAAACGGUACAAGUAACUACAGUGAUGAUGGAUACAUUUCUCCUCACUUCAACGCACCCGUUUUUAAACCUACGGAUUCCACUCUGCAAUCUUUGCAUAAUUCCUGCUCAGCAUCAAAGGAUUUUAAAACUUCAAUUACUAGACAUUUAAUUUCGACACAUGACAUUCAUUCAUCCAUUGAUUUGAUGCAGAGUCAGCGGGCAGAUACGAUAUUGCAAUCCAACCUUGCAUCCCUAGACAAUCUUGAAAGUCAAGCAGAUGGCGCAAAAAAAUUAGAGUUUAAUGAUUUAGCCUGUUCAAACAUAUCAACCGAAUCUAGACAAUCUUUAAAAUCUAGCAUAAAUCUGAAUGAUUUGAAAGGUAUCUCGGACAUGCAUGCUGUGGACCAAGCCAAAAAAAGCAAUGUUUCUGCUUUAUAUUGUAAUGAAAAGCACACUGGUCUUAGUUUAGCCGAGCAGCUUUUUUCUCUAAAUCCUGACAUGUCUGCAUCCAACCCUGAUCCUCUUCAAAAUAAUGCGAGCAGUUCAGUUACACUGCCAAAAGAGCCCAAUAUCAAUCGAGUCAACACAGGUAUAUUGCUUCAUAGACCAGAUUCACGAUUAAGCAGUAGUGAUGUUUUGGAUAUAAAACUACAGUCUCAAAAACCUCCUCGGAGACUAAUACCUCUGCGCAUGUCAGAUUUGACCGAAGUUGAAGAGAUGGCUGCUACACCAGCCAAUCAUACUAGCCCUGCAUUUUGGGAACCAAAGAUAUCAACAUCAGGCAUUUUAUCUGAAAAAUAA